CUUGUGGGGUAUCCGGCAUCCCGGACCCCCAGAGCGCUGGCCCUUGGCGCUUUUAUACUCUAAAGACGUGCCGAUCUUGUGCCGUUGUUUUACCCCAGAAUGUACCAGAGUGUUUAAAUGUUUCCAUCAAUCCAAUUUUCCAGAUUCUCUUAUUGCCAACCUGAGAAUUUUUUCAAAUUUUUUUUUUCAUCUGGACCAGUAAUUGACCGUGAAGAUCCAUAACUAUGACAGUCAACAGCGGGCAACCCAAAGGCAAGGUGCUCCUGACAGGCGGAAGCGGCUUUAUAGCGUCACAUAUUCUGGACUAUAUUCUAGAAGCAGGGUAUGACGUGGUCGCAACAGCGCGGUCUGAAGCCAAAGGCAUUCAGAUCAUUGAGGGCGUUGAACCAAAGCACAAGAACCAUGUGUCAUAUGCGGUGGUGGAAGACAUAUCUAAGCCAAACGCUUUCGAUGCUGCCCUCCAAUCCACGCCCUUCAACUACGUGAUCCAUACCGCCUCGCCAUACCACAUGAACGUAGUCGACCCAGUGAAGGACUUUCUGGACCCAGCCAUCAAAGGCACGACAGGUCUCCUGGAAUCCAUCAAGGCACAUGCGCCAAGUGUCCGGCGCGUAGUUCUCACAUCUUCCUCGGCCGCCAUGCUGAACCCGCCAAACCAUGCUAAAGUGUACGACGAGACAUUCUGGGCGCCCGUCAGCUGGGAGGAUGCCAUGAUUCCGAUCAACACGUAUCGAUGCAGCAAGGUGUUCGCUGAAAAGGCGGCGUGGGCAUUCGUGGAGAAAGAGAACCCGAAUUUUGACCUAGCGGUCAUCAACAGUACGUAUAAUUUCGGUCCAAUCCAGCGCCGGCUGCCGGAUCUAGAGGCCAUGAAUACAUCGAAUCACAGAAUUCGGGACAUGGUGCUGGGACGCAUGAAGGACAAAAUCGAGCCCACGGCGCCGGUCUUCACAUGGGUAGACGUGCGCGAUGUCGCCUUGUCCCAUCUCCGGGCUAUGUCACUCCGUGAGGCCGGUGGACACAGGUUCUACGUCGUCAGUGGCCAUUUCAGCAACAAGCGGAUUGCGGAUAUCAUCCGACAGAACUUCCCACAACUUGAAGAUCUCUUGCCGCCCGUGGAUACAGUAGAUGAUUUCCCGGAUGACGUAUACCGCUUCAAUAAUACCAAGUCGAAGGAAGUGCUCAAGUUGAACUAUUUUCCAUUGGAGAGGAGCGUGGUCGAUACUGUGAACUCUAUCCUGAAUCACACUUCGGCGAAGUCUUGAUCCUAUACAUUCGGAGUGGAGUAAUAUAUAUGACCGAUCUAUAGAAUGAGAUACAAACUACAAAGUAAGCUGGGUCCAGUGAAGAUACCGAUCCAGAAGAUCAUGUUGCCAAGUGUUUUCUGGUUGCGCAUCAUUUUAGUGCGGCUUAGUUGUACCAGUGGCAGCUGAGACAUUUGCAAAAUCAGAAGAUAUCCUCUGAGUUUCUUGAAGAUCGACCACAUGACCAACUCGUGUACGCAAGCGGACAAGAAGAACGUGAUCAAUGUCGCCGUAUGUUUGUUGA